CACUCUAUAUGUGCGUGUGUGUGUAGGAGUAUUGUACGAGAAUAUGAUUACCCGGAGAAGUAAAUACCAGAGAGAGAGAGAAGCUAAGCCGCCCACAGUAUAAAUAUAUAUAGAUGCUCCGAUCCACUCUAGAGAGUGGUGAUCGGAUAAUUGAGUGCGGGCGGGCAUAUAUGGGUCAUCACUGCUGCAGCAAACAGAAGGUUAAGAGGGGGCUUUGGUCUCCCGAAGAAGAUGAGAAGCUCAUUCAACACAUCACCUCCCACGGCCAUGGCUGCUGGAGCGCUGUGCCUAAACUCGCAGGGUUGCAGAGGUGCGGGAAGAGUUGCAGGCUGAGGUGGAUAAAUUACUUGAGGCCGGAUCUGAAGAGGGGGUCUUUUACGGAGCAAGAAGAGAGGACGAUCAUAGAUGUUCAUAGGAUUCUAGGGAACAGAUGGGCGCAGAUAGCGAAACAUUUGCCAGGGAGGACUGAUAAUGAAGUGAAGAACUUCUGGAAUUCUUGCAUCAAGAAGAAGCUUAUUGCUCAAGGCUUAGAUCCCAACACCCACAAUCUUCUCUCUCCAAAUCAAUCCAAGAAUAAUAUUCACAAACCCCCCAACAAAAACUCUUAUCAUCACCAUCAUCAACUAUCCCCUUCAACUUUCACCAUAGACACUACUGCACCUCACACCAUUAAAGAGGUGAUUCCCAUGGGAAUGAAAGCUGCCCUUUCCUCCAUUACUCCCCCUUUCCACCAACCUGUUGAUUACACUAACUCUAUGAUUCCCACAUCGAAUGAUCAGAACUUGGACUACCAAAACCCUACCACCAUCAUGGAUUUCGGAAGCUGCUCUUCUUCAAUGGAGAGCACUACUUCUUCCCUGAUUGCCGCCGCCGGGUUCGGAAUCAUGGCCGGGGUGUUUGGAACCGACACGACGUUUGAAGCCGCGGCGCAGGGAUUUGAGCCACUGAGAACACAAGAAGAACGACAGGAACAGGAGGAGCAAGUGUACAAGGUUAUUAACGGUGAGGAUCAUCAUCAUGAUGAGUUCAAUAAUGGGGGACAAAACAUGUUCGAUGCGGCGUCUAACUUUGAUUUUGAGUUCAUGGAUGCGGCGUUGAUGCCUUGUGGGGUGUAUUCCAAUGUAAAUCCGAUUGAUCAACUUGCAUGGGAUUGCUGAUACAUGAUGAUUUCUCAUCGAGAAUUGUGUUCUUAGGCGCAGCUUUGAUUUGAUUUGUUUAUGUAAGUGUAUACAUAACUGGAUGGAUGGGUAAGUUAUACGAAAUCUAGAAAAAUGCAUGCUAAAACUACUCUACUGCAUUCUUUUCUUUAAUUUUAGAUGGAGAGCAUAAUGGGAUUAUGGGUCGAGCAAAA